GCUUUGCGUUCCGGCAGUGUGGGGGGAAGAUGAGCACGGGAUAAUUGGUAGGCGCUGAGAGGAGAGCAGGCAACUUGUGCACCAUCCGCACUUGCAUUUGUGGCCGAAGAGGCGGUUGACACAAUUGCACUCAGUUUGUUUACAACUGGAGAUAGGCUUAAUCCCACAUCUCAAGGCGAGUUCAGAGCGUGCAUUGUCUCAUGUAACCUCAGUGCAGGCGGCAUCUAGGAACCAUGGAGCCGAACGAAUGAUGGCCGCGAGGUGCUGCUUGAUGAUUUCCUCUUAUGAAGAAUCAUGCAUGGUCGGCAUGUAUGAGAUUGCAUGGUAUAUGCCGUCAAAGUCGAACGAGAAUGGGAAUCCGCCAUGACACUCUCAGACACGAUGCGGUGCGACUAUGCAACCUCGCUGUUGGCAACUGAGCACACUAACCCCAGAUGAUGCCAUUGACCGAGACGUGCAUCCAACUCACACUUGGUGCGCUGCCCGUUGCUCGUUUGUUCAACACCGGCUGGCUGCUUGUUCUCUCAUCCUCGUCCUGGGGUCCCUCCCAGUGGUGACGGCCGCCCAAUCACUCUCGCCGGAUCAAGGUCAGCCGCGUCCGCCUGGUGACAACCGCGCAGACGCCCGAUCCACUCUGCUCCGUCAUGAUGCGGCGGCCAGACGCGCAAGAGGCAGGACAGCAAGGCCUCGCACAGCAAAAGGGUGGAGGAAGGAGUACGAGAUAAUGUAGGGCGACGGCAUGGACAGGACGACGCUGUUCCACGUAUGCCUCUCUGUACAAGGACAAUGGCGGCGUCCAUUGGUCCAGGCCGUAAGAGCUAUGGGCUAUUCGACAGAUGUCAGAUCAAGUGCAUGAGCUUUGCCUGUGAAUACAUAUAUGGUGGGGGCCUCGUUAGGCAUUCAUGCCUUUCCCCCGAAUUUUGAACAAGAAACUCUGCCAGACCAUUUCCCUCCUCCUCCCUCGCCAGAAGUCGUAAACCCCAAGAUUCCAGCCGAGU